CUUCAGUCCUCACCGGGACACAGACAAAGUUUCGCACCCGGAGAAAGGUCAAUCGGUCGGCCGCUCCGCGCGCACGGAGGAGCUCUCGUAACUCCCGUUCGAUAACCAGGUGUAAUUUCCUCUUUAUCGUGUUACGUUCGUCGGAUAGCGCUUCGGGUUACCAGCCGGUCGGCUUCUUCUCCUCAUCUUCGGCUUUUCUCCUCUUCUUUAUCUUUUCUUUUUUUUUUUCCUUUUACCGCCGUCUCCUACGCUGUCUCAAUCGCGUCCGUCCUGAUCGCGCGCUCGCGACGAUAAUAACAUUUCGCCUCCACCAGGAGGUCAGGAGAUCGUCGGGUCCAGGUGGUUCGAAUCCGGAAGCCGCCGCUCUGGGAUCGUUUUAGUGCUCAUGUAACGGACGCAAGUAGCACCGGUGCGCGCGGAAUUGGUUUACGUGAGAGUGCGCGUCUCUUCUUCGUAACUCCGGCCCAGUUCAAAGUGCCGUCGGUCCGCGGGACUCGAGCAGAUGGACGGCGACAUGUGGAGGCUUUGGUUUACGAAAUUGCUUCUGCUAGUGACGCUCCUGCUGGCGAUUACGGCUCAGACGCGGUCGCAGGAUGGAGCUUUAUCGAACAAAAACAUUAGAGCGCCGAGGAUAGAGAGGGACCUGCAGGGAGUAACCACAGUCCUCCUGGUCUCGGCACGUCCCGGCAAGUCCGCGCCUCCUGUUGGAGUCCUGACCAAAACGGCGCGCACAUUCGUGCAGGAUGGUGCAAGUACCGAGUUCGCCACUCAGGUCCUUGGCACGACUCUCGACAACGGGCGCCUUUACGCGCGAAUCUUAUCCACGUCCAGCAGAGUGUUCUAUGACAAGGAGCCGGCGCCAGACCCAUCGAGUCCGUACGUCGUUUAUCCCUCGAGGGCACCGGAAGAUGACUGGCGGCUUCGAGUAGCUCUCGAUAACACGCCGAUCAGGGCGAUCGAAGAAAUAGAAGCUCUCGGCGGUGACAGCGACACGGACUCGAGCGACUCCGUGAAGCAGAAAGCAACCGGCAAUGCCUCGAAGCUGGACGAACUGUCUCGCGAGAACGACAUAUUCAGUAAGAGGGAGCUGAGUGUAGCUGACAGAUUCAAGCCGGCGAAGGUCCGACCGACCGACAAUCUGCCCACCUAUACGAUUAAACAUGAGUACGUGUCUAGCAGCUUCGACUCCUUCGACGAUGUGCAGCCGAAGAGCUUCCGACCGCGGCUGCCGAAAAUCUUCAAGUCUCAGCCGAAGACCUCGCCGCAGAGGAGACCAGACGUGAAGCCGCUUGCUACGGUAACGUACCACGGCUUCGCGGAUUUCACCACCACGGUCGGCGACACCGUCAUCAUCUUCUCACCGAGCACGUCGCCGGCGCCCGUGGUACGUCCUGCUACCACGAUUAGAGGCGAUGCCACGUUGCGACCGAUCGAUGGCGCGGCAAUGAUGAAGAUUCGACCUACGACGGUAUUGGAAUACGCGAAAACCAAUCAGCCGUAUGAAGGCGAUGUGAAUCACGCUUCAGACGACCGGCUUUUGAGCGCCAUCAAUCGCGGCAACAUCCAACCCAGCCUGACCGAGGAUAUCGAGGCUGAGUCGUCGACGUUGUCCACGGAACCACUACCCGACGUGGAGACCGGCUCGUUGAAGCCGACGGGACUCCUGAAGGUCGUGGACUCCACUACUUCCUUAGACGGCACCACGACGCACUACAAGAGUCUCAUUUACGGAACGUACAUUGGUAAACACUAUGCCGAAGUCACCGACACGUCCUCGAACGUGUAUUUCUUCCCCGACGAAGCAACUGCGACGUACGAGCCUGACGACACUACAAUGGAAUACGGCUCGAUCGAGACGGACCCCGACGAGCCUGAGCAAGGCACUACCGUUGAGAUGUCUGCUACCACACCAGGUGCGAUCACGACCAGCGAAGAGGAAAUGAACGAAUUGACUACUCCGUUGAGAGGUACGACAGACAGUGUACUGACCACUCUCAAGGAUAUCUUGGAGAGCGCGAGAAGAGUGCUAGGUACGACCGAAUCGAUAUUGCCCACCUUGGACGAUGAGAUUCCCAACGACAUCGUCCCAGGAGACCCGCAGGGUCGCAGUAUCAAGGGCAACGACUCGCAGAACGACCUACAGGCUGAUGAACGCAAGCUACAUGGAUUUGGUUCAAGUAAUGCUGAAGAGAAGACCACAUUGACCACCAGAUUACUGCCGUCCACAGCCUACAAGACGUUCACGUACUUCACGACCUUCUUCAUCCCGGACGACAACGAUCACACUACGACUUCCAUACGUUCCCGCGAAGUGGUCUCUUCUGAGGUCACGUACUUAACAGAAUUGAUUCAAUCAAGUCCGACUGACACCAGACUGAAUCCUACCGCCUCAGUACCGCUGCAUACGACACAACAAACGCCGAGUUUCCUCGAUGAAGAAGAACAAACUACAAAACAAGACGAGGAAAUAGAGCUUAUCUUUAAAACUCUGUAUACGACGUACACAUAUCUGACGACGUUCUUCCAAGAGAACACGUCGAGCGUGUCCAGUCGGCAAGUGGUGGAAACUAACGUAAUCACACAGACUGUUGGCCCGAACGGCGUUUCUGCCGUGGUGGCCGGUCUCUUCGAGAAGGACGAGUCUGUUACGAUAUCACCGACAACGAUAUCGCAGAACGUUCUGCCGUCCGUGACGAAUGCUCGAACGCCCGAAUACAACAGCGGCACCGAACCGAUUUAUCAAGUUUUUGAUGAGACGACGGAAGGAAGUCUAACCACUCCCCAACAACAAGAUACCACUGUCCAACAGGAUACCACUGUCCAACAGGAUAUUCCAACAGAAUCCAUCACAACCGUGGACGACUUCGAGACGUCGGAUAAAUGGACCACUGAGCUAGAACCAAGCCCUACUCCGGUCAUAGCAACAGAGGCGCUGAAGGAGCAAGUGAAGACAUAUUACACAACGUACACUUACUUCACGACAAUCUUCGUGGACGAUGAGACGGAGAUCGAGACAAGAACCGAAGUUUUCACCAACGUCGUCACGGAAACCAUUACGCCUACCGCUGUUUUGUCGGCUCCGCAACAGACGAUUCAAAUAACUACGCCGAAACCUGAAGAGAAUAAGCCUGCGGUGCCACCGGAGAUCUUGGCUUAUCUGGAAGCUCUUCAGCGCCAGAAGUCGCAGGAAGAGGCACUUCUCUUAGCGAAGAAAGUUCAGCAACAGAAUGAGAACCAAGCGACGGGCGCUGAUGAAACUACAACAUUGGUUGAAAGCAACAUCGAUACGACAACGGAAACACCCACCACUUUGGAAGAUCGAGUCACUACUGAGCGUCUGUUUGGCGACUUUCAAGUGGGCGCGCAGGUGACACCCAAUCCUCCGACCGAUGUUGAGGUCAUCGGCUCUAUGAUUACGGACGUAGUGUCUUCUUCUAGUUCCGGUGGCGGCACCGUUUUGGACAUAAUGGAUAAGAGAAACGCCGUUCCCGAAGACCAGGAAUUGUCGGAGUCUAACAAUCACGAGGUGGAGCCAGCGCCGACGUUGUUGCUGCAGACUAGUUACACGACCUUCACGUACUUCACAACCAUGUACAAGGGCGAUAUCACGAACGUUGCCAGUCGUCUGGAAACAGUGACGAAUGUGGCGACGGAGACUAUAAGACCUUCCCUCGUUGUAUCGGAGCCGACCAGCACACAACCGGUCACGUAUUUUACGACCUUCACUUAUUGGACGACUUUCUAUAAAGGUGGCGAUACUGUAACCACCAGUCGCGAGGAAACUGUUAGUAAUGUCGUUACACCGGGAGUUGCACCUACUCCCACGGUAGAACUCGGCGUAGUAAUGACUUACAGACCGACUGUGAACCCACCGUUGGAGGAGAACUCCUCGAGCAACGGGAAAGAGUCCAAAGUCACUGCAGAUAAUGAGGUUACACCUGUGGGUAAUGGCGUGCCAGAAAAGUCUACCAUCGACGACACGAGUGUUCCGUUGAAAGGGAUUAUCAGCAGCCAGGACGACCAGCACAGCACGAUAAACACUUCAUUAAUCUCACCUGAACCGACGACUUUCUACACCACAUUUACUUACUUCACCACGUCCUAUGUCGGCAACGAGACGAUUUUAAACAGCAGGCUAGAAACGGUGACCAGUGUAUCGAUACCGGAUGUCACGACUCAACAGGCAACCGGUCGCGCAAUCGGUGGACCCGUGUACCCGUCGAUUCAAACGUUGAGUAGCGACGAGAAGAUCAAGGUGACUCCCACCAAAGUAAGCGAGGCGCCGAAAACGGGCUUAAUUUCCACAACACGGUCGAGCACGGUGCACGAAGGUACCACGACGCAUUACACGACAGACGUGUAUGGCACCUACAUUGAUGGACUAUACGCACAAGUGGUGGAGAGCUCGACGAGAAUAGAAACACCGCCGUUGCCCUCUUCGUCGAUAGCCACGCCUGUUCUCCCCACGGGCAUUUUGUCCUUGAACAAGGGUAGCGUAGUGGAUGCCGACGAAGUCACUACAGUGUACUUCACGACCAAGCAGAUCGGUACGCUUUUUGACGGACUAUACGCUAAGGUGAUUGAAAGCACGUCGAGUACCAAGAUAGACGAAGAGAGAAAAGCGACCAUUCCACCCAGCCAGGGCCAUCGAACUGGACUUGUGCGUCUCAUUCAAGGUCAAAUCGAGGACAAUGGGACAACCACGUUUUAUCAAUCCAAAGUAAUCGGUACCAGUAUCGAAGGACGGUACGCUCAAAUCAUUGAGAGCACCUCUAGCUUCUUAGUGCCAAGUCCUACCUCGAGUAUCACACCAACUUCUACUUUACCACCGAGUCCGACAACGAGUAUUCCCGAAAUUUCGCCAUCUCCCGCAGUGAUUCAAUCUUCAUUAUCUGAAGAUCCUACAACUGAAUCACCCGAUCAGGACGAAGACUCCGGUCAGAACGAGGAAGACGACGAAGAGAGUGGAGAAGACGAAGACGAUCAGAGUUCAAAGAAGAAGUCACGCUUGACGUUUUCAACUAGGAAGAGAACUUUCACUCCAGUGAUCAGACCGUUCGCUUCCAGGAAUAGACCGACCUUCAAUCCCAAGCGUAAAGGCACCCAAGCCGCGACAACUAUCACCCGAACAGAUAUAACGCCUACGAUUACUGCUACUUUGGCCGGUAAAGGCAACAGGUUCGCGUCGUCACGAGGUCGCGUCACUUCGCCCAUCGGACCCUACUCAUCAACAUUAUCCCCGUCGGGAUCCAGAAGGUUCGCAGGCAGACGGGGAACUGCUACUACUUCGAGCUCCUAUACUUCAGCGUUCCCGGCAGGUAGCACUCGAGGCAGAGGACAGCCAAGAAUAACGCCGUCGUCUGUGUUUCAAGGCAAUAGACGUGGCCCUACCUCGAUUAGAGGAUCUUCCGCUAGAGUCGCGGGUCGAGCUUCGAGUUCCGUAUUCCCCGGUGCCUCCUCAAGAUACCGAGCGGGUAUCCGUCCGUCGUCAACGUUAUUGAGGGGACAACCCACCGCCAGACACGAUGAUCAGGAGAACGACGCGAAUGAGUUCACCACUACUACAUUGUUCACUGAUGAGACGCCGUUCACAGAGUACUUCGACGGUGAAACUGUUACCACUCCUUUACAGACUACCACGGAGUCGUCCAGGAGGUCUACAAACCCGCUCUUGCGGUUCCGCAGGCCCCUCAAUUUGAAUGGCAGGUCCGGAACUACUCCAAGACCACCGGCGACCACAACUCCGAGACGAUCGGGGAAUUUGAAUAGACCAAGCGCGCCGACAGUUCCCAGAGUAACCAAUGGACGAACGAACAAUAGAGCGACUCCUCCGGUGUCCACGAGAAGUAGACCAAGCAACACGGGUCUCUUCCCGCCACGUGGAUUCCUUGGAAACAGGAAACAGGAAUUGCCAACUGAGGAGCCAAUCGACCCAAACGAGGAUCUCGAAAGUGAGGACGAAGAAGGUUUCGAAGACGAGCCUGUUGAUGAGAUAUCAGAUAAUGAUUAUGAAGGAUCAGAGCACGAGGACAGAAGAUCCAGUUCGAAUGUAAAUCGUCGUUCUGGAAAAUCUGUCGGACCUGCCGUGCGAAUCAGACCGUUUGGUACGAGAACGAGAAGAGUCCGCCGUCAGGCUAGUCAGCUGAGAGCAUUGAACAGUCGUUUCCGUAGACCUCAACCCUCCUCUACGAAAGCAGAAGAUAGAUCCGAUACAUUGGAUGUUAUGAUCAAUAAAGAAGACAACGCAAAGUCGGGGUCGAAACCCAUUGCUCGGUACAAUCGCGCGCGCAGUUUGACAACGCCGCGAUCGCUUCAAAAGACACCCAAUAGUCCGGACCAAUCGUCAGCGGAGACCACGGAAUUGAGCCAACAAAGUAAGCCCAGGACCGGGUCGAAGCAAUCCAACGGAAACAGAAACGGAUCUGUCAGGAUCAAACCGUCGCCGGCCUCAAGUAACGGCAGACAAUUUACGCUGAGAGAAAAGGAUUCUUCAUUGAACAGAUCGGGCUACAAGAGACCAACCUCAGGUACGAGGACAAAUAGUCGGUCUAAUAGUAAAACUGACAAUGGACGAGUGAGACCACCGAGACUGCGAAAUGGAUCCUCCAAAUCACCCACCGAACCUCCAUCACGCCGAGUAUCGCCGUCCCGCGCGUCCUCAAGAUCGACGAACGGUAGAAAUGGAAACAGAAGAGUCCCUACGAGGGGUAGAAGUUCCCACGGGGACAUCCGCGAAGCGCCCACCGUGUAUCCCAACUUCGACGGUACUAUAACCGUGACGCACUAUGUACCGACGGAAGUGACGAUUCCCGUGGUAAACAAUGGCGUCACAGAGCAUCGGAAUAUCAUAACAGCACAACCCAGCACUGAGGUGCUCGGGCCUACUCAAUACAGCACAGUGAUAGCUGGGGACGGCAGGCCGCUCGUGGUGAUCGUUAGCGAAGUUACGGGUACGAACGUCCAAGGGCAAGCCGAGGUUACGCGAUUCCUACUCCACGAGACACCCACUACUCGCAUUUCGCACACCCUCACGAGCCUUGGUGGCCGUCGCGUCUCCCAGUCGGUAAUUGUACCUACCACGGUAUACUCCGUGGAGAAUAUAGUCUCCACGGUGCAACCGUCCCUGUCCGGCAACGCUCCCCUUGCCAACAUUCUUCUGUCGCAGUUACUUUUGGGUCAGUUAGGUCAGCCGAACCCUCUGUUACAGUCUCAGGCUACACCCACCACACAAUAUAACACACGCACCACUUCCUACGUCACUACUAUCACGAAACAUCAGAGCACUGUCAUACCUCUCACUUUCCGCGGCAAGGAGAUCCUCACGACUCUAAUCGACUCCUCGACCGACGUUGUCACCGCGACGGAAUUCAUUACGGACACUGUAGUGGUGACACCUACUGCCGCGAUACCGGCGGCUAACUUGAAUUCCCUACUGUUGCUGCUGCAACAGCCACAACCGCAGCCGCAGAACUCGAAUCCGCUAUUGGAUCCUUUGUUCGCGGCCGCUCCGUUCACGCAGAGCAAUACUCUGCCGGGAGAAGUGGAAAGGAGACACCAACCAGCCGACUCCGACUACAGACACGAUAAUUACGAAUACUCCGAGGAGGAUGAAGAAGUGGCAGAAUAUAAGAAGCCAUCAAGAUCACGCGGUGGACGCGGUAAAUCGAACGACAGGAGAGACGACUCCAAGGCUUCCGCCGCAUCUAAGGCGGAGUCCAGCGUAGUGACGCUCUACGUAUCCGGUCGUAGACCCGGAGAGUUCAGCACUGUCUUGAGCACCGUGAGAGUCGGCGAUUCCCCGUCCAGAAGACGAAGAAGCGCCCUGGAAGGCGCCGUCGAGGUCCGACCUUCCGUGCCGCCAUCGUUGCACGCCGGGCCAGCGGCAGUUGCCAUUCUGGCAGGAAGUGAAGAUCCCAUUGACGCGCACGCACCAACACAGAGUCUCGAGAGCGUGGUGGUUGAAUGUUAUAUUCAAACUAGUGGAAACAUCGCCAUUGCAGGUGAUUUCCACGACGAAUCGGUGCAAUAUGGAAGUACGAACGCCGAAAGCGAAAGAGACGACAUCGUGGACGCAUGGUCCGCGAACGAGGAUGAUGUAAGUGUCGGGAGGUUCGACACAGAAGACGACGAGGUGUCGUUGGAAAAGGCGCCACGGAAACGCGUGAGAAUUCGAGUACCCGUGGUGCGCAGCAGAAGCGCUAGGCAACACAAGCUCACAGUCGUCAGGCGCAGACCCUUGACGUCCCGCACCGAGAGUCCCGAAUACACGUCUACCGCGCAUGCACCGCGGAGAAUCGUGGUGACGCGUGUCAGGAGUUUGGGAUUGAGCAAAUCGUCCUAUCCGAUUAACAAUCUAAACUCGGCAGGCUUCCAGCCCACUGGUGGAAAGCACAAAGUCACCAUCACCAGGCGUAGGAAGCUCCAGCCUACGCCGAUCUUACCAACGUCAUCCAAGAGCAAGGUCAGAGUCACCCGGAAGAAACUGGUUGCAGUGCGACCGAUACUACCGACGCCAACUUUCGCUAUCAUUACUACCGGAUUCUUCACCGCGCCUUCCUCCGAAUAUUCGGACGAGGAAUAUUCGGAAGAAGUGGCGAGCGAAGAACAGAACGAGGAAAAGAUUGUGAAAGAGGAAGAUUAUAUCGUAUCGACGCCUGGUCUUGAAGAAACACCCAAUGUCAUUGACAACAAACCGCACGACAAUACGAAUCUAGCGCCGCUGGAAAUUAGCUCAACAAUCUCCAAAGAAAAUACGUUAGAGGAGCCAAUAAUUAUUACCGACAAUUUCUUCUUCCCUCCAUCUUCUGAGGAGGGAGACGACGAAUACGAAGAUGAUUACAACGAUACGACUACCACGACUGAAAGUGUUGACGAAGUAACGCUUUUAGAGAAGGACCAGGAACAUUCCACAACCGAGGCGAUUUCUCCUAAGGAGGAAGAUAAUAUCGUGUCCAAUAAGAGCGAAAUUGAAAUGCAAAUUGAAGAUGAUAAUGUCAUAACAACAACGCCAAUCAAUCAAAUUGCAUUGGAAAAACCACCGGAAGAACCGGAAGAAGCAGUGAAAACGAGUCAAGAAUCCGAUGAUACACUAAUGAAUAUAUUAACCUCUGUCGAUUCUUCUUUGGAAGAAGAGACCACCACUACGGAGUCAUCCACUGAGCCCAAUUUAUCAGAUAAGGAUAUGCCGAUCACCACAAUCAUUCCUAUUGAAGAAAUCAACGACGAUAAAGCCACGGUGAAAGAAUAUACGACUGUCGCCAAUCUCGAAGAGCCGACCACUCUGACGGACGAUCUCGUGACAUUAAGCGUGCUCGACAAAUCCUCCGAGUCGACGGAGCUCCCCGACGAAGAGAACGCCACGAUACCUAAUACAACGGAAUCUCACAUCUUCUCUGUGACUGAGGCGACGAGACCGAAGGUAGAAGUUCAAAGUGAAGAAUCACCCGUAAUUCCCGUGGAUUCCGUGGAGCGCAAGAUGCCGGCGGAUGUGAGCAACGAAGGUCCCGAAGAGAUACCGACGGUGCGACCCAUACAACCGGCCGUCAAACUCGACUUUAGCUCGACCCAGAUUCCCGAAACAGUCCUCCUAUCCAACGACACGAUCGCGCCGAGCUUUGACAGCGUGAUUCCGCUCAAGACCGCGAAAUUGUCGACACUCGAGACCGCGAAAUUGUCUACACGCGAGCCCGACACGUCGAAUUAUCGGCACGACGACUCGAUUGUACCGAGCGUGAUACCUCUCGGCGCGAGUUACAGUCGCGACGCCAAAUCACCGAUUCCCGAAAGCACCUCCGUUAUUGAGACCACCCCCGCGACGAAGGUCACCAGCAAGAUCGCGUCGCCCACACCGGAGGAAAUCGAGGCUGGACUAGCGGAUGACCUUUACCUGUCACUGUCCCGCCUCGAUUUCCCCGAGAUCUUGCCGUCCAAGCCAGCCACGGUCGAUUCGGGAGCCGAGUACACGCCGGACCUCGCACUCGAGCCUAGCACGAGCGUCUACUACACCGAGACGGUAGUGACGUCGACGCGAUUAAGGACAUACACGUACGUGGUGACGCAACUUAACGGACUGGAGACUAAAGUGACAUCGUCGACGACCGUACGACCGAGAGUGACGACACUUACGCUGACGGUGCCCGUCACGGUGACUGUCACUCCUACCGUGGAGUCGUCAGCCAGCUUCGUAUCGUCUGUGUAUAAUCCAGUACCCGUUGCCGGAGAGUACGAGGCGAAGGAUGAAGAAGAGGGACGCAGGUUCAACUUAGCGACCCGCGUAAUGUCAAACGGCGUGGAAGUGAUCGUCGCCGGGCCGACUCCGGCUCUACGAUGGGAGAACUCGAAUCCUCAACCUACCCUCACCUUGUCGGACGCAGUGGUCAUGCUCCUCCCGCAGGAUAAGCCGAACGAGUUUGUCACGAAGACUUGCACAACAACUUUCACGUAUCUUAGCACGAUCACCAAGGAUGGAACGACUACCGUCUCCACGGAGCAGCAGGUGGUGGCAAACACAGCGACGGAGGAGCGGCACAGGAAGCCCGGCUCCGAGACGGCAGCCGUGACCCUGGAGGCGUCACCGACUCUGCGCACCGAAGUAUUCAAAACUACCUACACGUAUUUGACUUUGAACACCGACCACCCGGACGCGAAUGACGCGUUAGAAAGUAGCACGAAAGUCAUAACAAACACGGUUACCGCACCGCAACAUUACCUAGACAUGAUUCUCGAGCCGUCAGAAGCCCCGCGACCGGAAACCAAUACGUAUCUCAGCACCAGAGUGUUAGAGAAGACGUUUAUGGAAGAAGGUCGGACAAAAGUGGAGACGGUCAGCGACACGAUCACUCAGUUAAUAGUGACAGAAUCGGCACCUCCGCCGCGACCGACCAGCGUCACGACCACUUUGACCGCCUUGGAUAAUACCGACGGCAGCAUGACGGAUAUCACGAAGACGUAUUUCAUCACGUACACCUACUUCAACACAUUUUUGGAGAAAGGCAGCACGGUGGUGCGCACGAACGUGGCCACGUCGACCGACGUGGUGCUGGAGAAAGUGCCGGUACGGAAAACAACCACGAGGACGGCGCCGAUUAAUCCUACGCCGGAACCUAUACAGAUCUUCGCCACAAAAACGUACCUCACCACCUUCACGUACUUCACGACAUUACUGCAGGCUGGUCCAGACGGCGAAACGUCGACGACCGUGACGUCUCGCUCGCAUAUCGUUGAAAACGUUGUGACGGAAUCGAUUGCGCCGAGUCUGUUGGACGCCGGUUACAUGAAUGCUCUGCUGACGACGGCGCACCACUCCGACCCGGUGAAGAACGUCGUCACGGGCUCGACGAUCAUCUUUUUCGACGAGGAGGACCAGAUCGACCCGACCACGACCACGAAUAUGCCGGAAGCGACUUCUUUCCCGGAAAUCAAGAAAGACGAGAAGACUUCCGCGAGCACGACGGCUACAACGUCGACGAACACGUCGUCGGCGAGCGGGGCUUUCAACGUGAAACCGGCGGAUUUGACCAAGCAGGACAAUAAUAGCGCUGCGCUAUCGAGCGACGAGGCGCAAAACAAACGGCCCAGUUCUCAGGCCGGGAGCGAUCUCCAAGUCGGCAAUCUCCUCGGUCUCGGUUCGCUGGGAAUUAACAGCUUGUCCGCCCUAGGACCGGUGAUCACGGCGAUGGCGGGAUUGCUGCAAGGGAAGACCGCCACAGCUACUCGUCGAAACGAUACCGCGCCUCUCGCGGAGACCCAAGAGGUCACCACACAGAGAGCGCCGAUUUACAUACCGGUUGCGGAAUUCGCUGACGGUGACAUCGAGACUGCCGAAAGUCAAAAUAUAGCCGCUCAUCUAGUGAAUCUCAAUCACAAUUACAUUGCCGAAACGCGUCACAAAGUGACCAGCAGCCUUGCCGAUGGCAUACCGAUCUCUCCCGGCGAGGUGAUCACCGCGAACAGCGAUGUCAUUAUAGGCAAGCCCGGCAAAAUGGCGCCGAGACCACCACAAACAUAUUUGAAGGACGGCAUGAAACCUCCUCCUUUACCCGUGCCGAAUAUUCCGGUACAUCCUGUGCUGGAGGUCCUCGAAAACGAUCCCGAAGACGUGCAAGCUCAACCGACCAUCCAAGGCCCGCAGAUACAGAUCUUGCCAGCGCAUCAGGUUUAUGAGGAACAUCUGAAGGUGCCGGUUUCCAUUCCUCUGGACGCAAAUAACCCGACAGCUAAGCAACCCCAGAAGUUGCAUCCUGUUCAAUCGUCACCUCCUAAAAGAAUGGGAUCGAAGCAGGAUAUACUGGCGAACGACCCCUUGCUGAAGCCACCCGACAGACCGAACGUGGAGCAAUACGCGAAUCCUAAUCUGAGCCAUAAGAUUCCAGAAUGGAAUUCAGAAAAAUACAGAAGACCUUGGAGCGCCAAAGAUCCCUUGACACCACCUCCGUCACCAACGAUAUACGAUGAAAUUCACUCAGAGAAACCGAUCGAGAAACCUCGUCCGACUAUAUUGCCGUCCGAAGAACAGAAACGACCAUUAUGGGCGCAGAAAGAUCCUCUGCUGCCGGAUACUUCUAUCGUCAUCCAGACUUCAGAGUCAAAACCAAUUCCAACUCGACCAAUAGUUCAUCAAGUCCCGCACGUCAUCGACAGAUCCACGGGACAGCCUCUGUUAGUCAAUAUCCAACCUAGCCAAGUAGCUAACGUCGUAAUUCCUCAAGGAGGCACGCAAGCACUGAUUUUUGGGGACACCAGCGAACCUCACAUAAGCGGACAAUAUUUCGACGACCCUUCGCCCUAUCCGGAACCUGAAGUUGGGCCAAGUUUCGUCGGUAUACAAAAGGUCCAAAACUUGCCUCAAUACUCAAGCGAGAAAGAUCCAGCUGACUACAUGGUACCUCCCUCGCCACCUCCAUCGUCACCUAUUAGCUUCAAGCCUGCUUCAUCAAAACCAGGCUUAUCUGGUCGUCCACACGCCAUUCCAUUGUCACCCGUACGGGAUUACGGAAGGCCACAGGAAACUCCAGAGACUCCUCUAUUACGACCCGAUAAAAGACCGUCGGAAGUGCAUCUGAUCAAACGUCCUGACGAGUCUGGAAGCUCCAGCCAAGGCCACGUUCACACCGAGAUUCUCGUGCAUCACAAACCGGAGACAGUCAACAUUCGGCCGCAAUCUGCUUCACACCCACCUAUUCAUUCUCACGUGCAUUCGGCUCAUCAGCCGCCGGUGCGCGGCCAUUUCUCGAAAGGCCAAAACCCGCUGGAGCCAGCUCCACCGAGGCGCACGGAAGUCUCCUCGAGCGAAGUUCCGCAUCGGUAUAUAUUCCUUGGCAAGCCGGAUUCUGGUAACGAGAUAACAUUAGGCACUAGUUGGAAAUCCGACAAGAAGCCGGUUAGAUUCGCACUGAACAACCGACCAAGACCGCGACCCAUACUGAGACCGACGUCUGACCGUCCUCUGGACAGACAUGUCUUUGUGGAACGACCCACUGGAUAUCCACCAGCCCGAAAACCAACGUACUCUGGACCACAGAGACUCCCGGCGAAGACACAAAACACUUUUCCCUUAGCACAUCGGCCGCCGAUGAAUCCUCACUCUCAUCAAGAACCUACUAGGAUGCCGCCUAAACUGUUCACCCUUCAAGUCGACCAUCAGGAAAGACCUCCCCAUAUUUAUUCAGAGAACGCAGGUGUGAAUAACUUCGCAACACCGCAUUCUCCAAUCGAACAGAACAAUCGUAUUCCCCCGACUGGAACGAUAGAAUAUCACAACCCUUCGUAUCCAAAACCAACGUCGGAAGACAACAAGAACCCUCAGGUAGCCGCAAAACCGCAGCAGAUUCCAAAAGACCAACCUGAUAAAUGGCAGACUCAUACGCAGACACAGCAGUCGUUACCGGAUUCCGCCAUUGAUGCUUCGGAAUAUGUCAAUUAUCAGAAUUAUUACAAUAAACAAGGCAACAAAAGCCAAGAGGUCGAUAAUCAAAAUAAAAAGGACGUGUCGAAUCCUUUGUAUUCUCAUAGCAUCAAUCAGACUCUGAAUUCACAAUCUCCGUAUGGAACAGUAGUUUCCAUUAAUACGGUGGUAGGUAAGCCGUUGGAAGUUGCACAAGAACAAAGUGUGACUUUCGGAUAUAAUGGUAAGCCGAUAUUGCCAGGAUCACACGGUGCUGAUCUCUAUAGCACGAGGCCCUAUGAAUUGCCUGUGGUGCAGGGCAAGCCUUUUGGUGUUUACAACGGUCAUGUAGACCCGGCCGUUCCUUAUGGCUACAAACAAAAGGAAGGCAAGCCUGAUUAUGAAAUCGUUCACGGUAUACCCGCUCCUCAUCACGAGUAUACGUCAACGUUGAUCCGAAAGCCGCAAGACGGCCAACUCACGACAGCAAGUUCGCCGAAGCGUGAUGAUACUAUCGAUCUAAAGCCACCCGCAAUUAUACCUCAGUUCGGCGCUGAAGUGGACAGACCGGGAAGACCGUAUCUUAGACCGGUCCGACCUGAUUCGAGACCUGUUCUGUAUCACAAAUCGGAAAUAUUGACGAAACCGCCGAUUAAAUUGGAAGUCAGACCUGAUUAUGUCGUAAAACGUCCAGGAGACGUCAAGCCGAACAUCGCAGAGACUUUCGUCAAUCAGACAUUGGAUCACGAACAGAAGACGAGUCACGAUCUCCAAAACUGGAACGUGGGUAUGGUAUUUCCAGACAUCAUAAAGUCUCCACAGAAAAUACCAGCUGGACAUGAUUCCCAUAUUGCUCAGACCAGCGUGAAACCAACUGAGUAUAAGAACAGUACCGCACCUCGUCCGACGUCAAUUGGAAAUAAUCGACCAGUCCUCGUCGUUCGUCCAGAGCAUGGAACGUACACGAGAGUGCAUCCAGAGUAUCCUCAUAUCUUAACGAAGCCGAAACCUCAAGUGCCAGGGCCGGUGAUUGUCUCAAGCGGCACACCGGGUAUGGACGCACACGGUCGUCCAGGCAUCAAGUUUUCCAUGCCGGUUGAGGCAACGGGUGAAGAAGUAGACAGCAAGACGCAGACUGAGAGACCCCCCAGCAUGUUGGUUACGAAGAACAAUCUGUCGCACAACAAAAAGAACGACGAGGCUCUGGACACGGCGUAUCAAACCAGCUUUGCCUCCUCAGAGUCGCAGAACAAGAAGGACGAGCUUAAGACGAGGCCAAUUAAUAUUAAGGAAAUGAACGUUCCUUCUAGGAACAUGAUGCCACCACCCUUGAACGUUGGGUCAAAUCAGGCCAACAAAGACGAGCAAGAGGGUCUCAAACCUCCACCACCGCCGUCAAGCGAUGUAGUCGGAUUGUCGCCACCACCGGUGGAUAUCACCACUACUCAUGUGCCGAUAGAAGAUCGAUUCGUUUUAGUGACGACCGAGGAGACGACCGGCCUGAAGCCGCCGAAGUAUGUGCCUCUGAAAGAGUCGAUCACCACGGUCGCGCCUCCUCCACCCAGCACGAGUAUGGUGCCACCCAGUCCGAGACCGUCGCUCACGAAACCGUUCCUCGUGGAACUGCUGUCGCAGGACAUGGUACCACCGCCGAUAUUGACAACGUCUCGGCCGCUCGAGAUCGCUACCGUGAGACCAGCUGUCGCGGUUUCUGGCUCUAUACAGAUAGCCACAGCGGUCGCAACGUCUCAUAUUCCAGUGGUGCAAGACAUUGAAUCCAAGAUACCGAUUAUUCACGGAACUGUCGACCUCCCAGUCGUGGUCGACGUGCCCGAAAUUCUCAGACCUGUGGAAACACGAAUGACUGAACACGUCAGCAUCUACACCGUGCGGCCUUUCGACACAAAGCCAGUGUCCAGGAUCUCCAUUCAGACGACAUCGACAUCGCCGAUAAAUAUGGUAAUACCAACGAAACUGCGAACACCUCAAGUAGAUCACAUUCAGCCGAGCAGAUCGUCGACGAUCCAUCAUGACGUCAAUCCUACGAGGACGUAUAUGAUGGACAUUCCUCCGAACCCUGUCAAACGGCCAGAGCACCCGAUAUUCUUAGAAUCCAGUUACGAGAGCGUCCCACCGUCCACCAUAAAAAUGGAACCUACCGAAUCAUUAACAUCCAUCGCGGAAACGAAUCAGAAGAAGCAACAACAUUCGACUGUAUCGAAAGUAGACAUGACCAAGACGCAAAAACCACAAACGACCCAAUACAGUGCUGCGGCGAACAAAACGAUGAGCCAAGAGCAGCCUAUAAUCGUUACCAGAGUUGAUAGUUCGAUCACCAAAGUGACCAGCACGGUGUUGCCGAUGCCAGACAAUAAGGCGACCUCCAAGACUACCGAUUCGACCAUUCAGUUUACAAACAAUGUCAUGAAAACUACAAACAGCGCUGUUGCCGCAGACGGGUCUAACGCCACUGUACGAACGAAGCCUAAAGAGGUGACGCGAUUCGUGACGUCGACGGUGACAAGGACGAAGACGUCAGUGUUGGGUUCGCCGCCGACAACAAGAACUCUUCUGCUCACGCAUACGAUCACCACCACGACAGUAGAAACGGUGACCGAGACGCUGCUGCGUCCGACAAGCGUCGUUUCUACGGUGACUUCGACGAUCUUGCAAUCGAUCGUCACCAGGAUUCCGUCAUCAUAUGACAACGCAGAGGACAAUGACUCUAUAUUCGUCGUGAUGAGCGACCAAAAACCACCAGCGCCUGGCGCGGAAGAGGUGGAGGCUGAAUACGGAGAAGAGGUCUCUCGCGAUGAACAAGAUCCAGCUGGUAACGAAGUGCAUAGAGUGCUCGCGGGUGGAGUUUUAGGCGCCCCAGUGGUACCCCUUGCACCCGUUGCUAAUCAGUGUACACCAGAAUGUAAAUCGUCCAAGUCCGAGAUAUGCGCCGAAGUAGGGACCGAGAUGAGAUGCGUGUGUCGGCCAGGAUUCGCGAGGAUGUUCCCAGAUCGCCCUUGCAAGCCGACUUACACGUAUACUCUACGCGUCGGUUUGGACCGCAUCGGCCAUGAGUCCGUGGCGUACGACACUGCUCUGAACGACUCCACCUCGACAAUGUAUAAACGCUUGGCGGUUCCAACGAAGGACGCAUUGGACAGAACUCUGAUGCAGAGCGAUCUGCGGGACGUGUACAGAGGACUGAAGAUCGCCGGAUUCACCUCCGAUCCCACGAAAGUCGAGUUCCACGUACAGCUCAGUGAUAACGCCAACGAGACCAGACUCAAGGAGAUCCUGAGGAAAUAUUUAGUCGGCAGCAAUUACAGUUUAGGCGGCACGGAGGUGUACGCCUCGAAGAACCUCGACCUGAUCGAAGCGGUUGAUUUCGACGAGUGCGCUUCCAAGGAGGGCGGUCCAUAUCACGACUGUUCGCCUCACGCGGCAUGCUUCAACUUACGAGGAUCAUACCAGUGUUCUUGCAGAGAAGGUUGGGCUGAUUUGUCGGAAAAUCCGGCAUAUCCUGGAAGAAUGUGCUCGCAAGCACCCUUGGGAUGCGCCGGCUGCAACAACAAGGGUCAUUGCGUCACCAACUCCUUCGGUCAGGAGGUGUGCGAGUGCUUCCCCUGGCACAGCGGUCAACGUUGCCAGGUUAAUCUCAAAGUCCUGCUGAUAGCUCUGGUGACAGCCGGAGCGAUCCUACUAGGCCUUUUGGCAGUUUGUAUGGGAAUGGCGUGCUUCCGCCAUCCGGGACGCGACCGAAAGACCGGCGACAGACGAGCAAUGAUCCCCGGGACCGGCGGCGACACCAGCAGCGAAGGUAGCGUCACUGACUUGGCGAUACCGCAUCAUGUACCGCACGUGUUGCCGCCGCCGCCGCAGAUGAUAGCACCGUUGCCGCCGACAAAUAAGAGACCGAUUCGCAAGAUCAGUGGGAAACCUCGUCAUCCGCCGAGAAAAGCCACCAUGAUACCAGCUGCUGCGAUACCAAUGAACGACGAUCAACGCGAUCGCUCGUUGACAGUGAUGAUACCACGAGCAAAGUACCGAUCGGCACCGCAGUCACCGCAAAAUUACAAAGGCGGCAUGAGCACCUUCGCCGCUGAGGAGCACAAGCUCAUCAGUUACCUCGACAAUGGCACGCAUUCUCCGGCAAACAGAAAGCAGAGUAUAUGCAGCGCGAAGGACUGCAAGGAAGCCGAUCUGCAGGGUGCGCGGAGCCCGGUGACGCCCACGGGCGCUCUCGUGAGCGCCGGUUUUCAGGUGUCGGCGACAGUAACCCGUACAGUAGACGCGGAGUCCACUUUAGCGCGAUCCUGCGGAGAGACGACUGUGGAAGCAGCGACGAAGGUACUGAGAGGUGGAGAUCUUCAAGUCGACUUCGACUCGACUUUGGCUCGAUCGUGCGGCGAAACGACCAUUCAAGCUCCGACGAAACUGCUGAGACUGGAUUUGGGUGAGGCUGGUUCAACUUUGGCGAGAUCCUGCGGCGAAACGACGAUUCAGCCACCAACGAAAGUCGCCGCCGCGCGCAGAAACAGUGUCAAAGAUACCAGAGACAAUAGAGACACCAGGGAUAGUGCCAGCGAAGGCCACACCAUGGCCGAGCGGGAUUUAGGCAGCACAUUGAGACUUCCGGCGCAACAUCCGCCACUGUAUAGUCCGGACAGGACCAGCGAUCGGGAAUCCAACUUCGAUUCGCUCUAGACGCUCAAACGAGAACGAGUCACGACGUAUGAGAAGAUUAAUCACGGACGGAGCCGCUGGACGGUAUCCUCCGUGGACUUCUAAAUUAUUACCCGUCGAAAUUUGCAAUUAUACGACAAAAAAGGAACGAAAGACUGACAUUCGCGUCGUCUAUGCUUAUUUAUUGAACGUGGUCGCGCCAUGCUUUUUUCGCUUUUACUUCUUCGGCACUGUCACGAAACUUUGUCGUACAAUUAUUGAUGAGCAAUAAUUUCGCGUCGCUUGGUGCCGGGAAUCGUUAAUCUCACCGACGCUCCUCUUCUCAUUCGUGGAACUCUCCGAAAUUCAAAACUGUCGCCUCACAGAUUAAUAAUAUCCUGCGCGUAACUUCGUUUCGGGGCGAAGGAUAAGCGCGCGUGACUCAACUCCGUGCCAAAAUACAACCAAUGAAAUAGGGAAGGCUCCUCGAAGAGAGAGAAGCUCUUUCUCGUCUUCCUGUACGAUAUUACGAUCGUCGCAACUUUACCAUGCGCUUGCACGCGUGGUGCAACAGUGUCAUAAAUUGUGAAUGGCGUCAAGUUGUCGCGCGAGCAGCACGACGAGGAAGCUCGGUGCUCGCAUCGGUCGCAAGAAGAGAAUAUUUUUUAUUAUUGUUGUUAUUGUUUGUUUAUUUAGUCUAUUCGCCGACGAGUCACGUCAUGUUGCCCGGCUUCGUUGCGAGGCUCCAUUUUUCACGGAGCGAUCUGACUCGCAAUCGAGAUCGACAGGGAGUGUCGUUUCAGCGUUUGCCGAAUAUGGAUCGCUUAUGGCACGCUAGUGUUGAAUAUUCCCGUUCACUCUAACCCUUUCACAAAAAAAUAUCGUCUAAUUACGUGUUUCGAAUUCCUGAAAAUAUCAGAUUUCGUAAAAAAUAACAGUGACGAAAAUUUGCCUCAACGGUUCGACUUGGAAAUCAACAGACUUAUUAAUAAUAAAUGAAUUAAGUAACCAGGAGAACGGAAAAGAUGAAGAAAUCGCGCGUUCCGACAAGCUGCAUUCCUUUGAGAGAGAAUCUCGCUCUCUUUCCGGUCCAUUCGUAGGAACUGGGACGAAGCCGGAGCAACGUUGCUGUUUGUCAGACUCAAAGAAAGGGCAAACGAGACGCGUUAAGCGAGCGGUUAAGCGAGCGGGACGCGCACGGUGUAUGUAUUUACGGUUAGCUCAGUUAGGUAGCGUAAGCAGAAGCGCAACGAGGGGCAGGUGUGUACAUGCGUCAAGAUUCUUUCGUGAGUCUACGUUCAACCAAAAGAUCGUUCCGCCCGCGCGGGAUAAAUUAAGUUCUGCCGACUUAAGAGACGACGAAAACGACGAUGCUCGUAUACCUCUAAAGCUACGUUACUAACCUUGUUCUCCUCACUUUGUCCAAAUGAACCCUUUCCUUUCCUUUAUACAUACCCUAUAUAUACAUAUAUAUAUACAUAGAUAUAUAUAUAAAUAUAGAAACAUUAUCCUGUUGUAAAUACUCUCUCUCUCUCUCUUUCUCUCUUUCUUUCUGUCCUCCGCAAUCUUUUCCAUGUAAUACUAUUGUAAUUUUGUAUACUUAGCGCAUGUGUAUACUUAUAUACGUACUUUUAAUAAAAGUCAAUAAUGUAACGGCAUGUCUUAAAAAAACGUACCUGCUCGUCAUACUCAAGAAACUUUAACUUAACAUGAAAGUACUCAAACUGACUUAAUUAACGACGAAUUUUGUUACGAAUUCCUGGGUUUCUUCAACCUUAUCUCGUUACAACGAGGAUCUUGUAAUAUGAGUUGACGUCAUCAUCGAGGACAAGCUUGGAAAGUAAAUCGGUCCGAGGGAGAGAGGCACGCGCCGGGAGAAUCGGAGAAAUAUGUAGGAAGGAUCGCGCGAUGUCGACAAUUAGAUGCAGUGCGAGUGACAUGUCAUAAGUAGAGCCACUACUUGCUACGAUAGGCAUUCAUCGAUAUAAGUUACUAAAACGUCUUCAUUAAGACCUUAUGUAAGAGUCUCCCGCAGAUAAUAUAUAUAUAUAUACUAAUUAUUUAUUCUUAUAAUAAAUCCUUAACGCUGUAAAAACACAA